CUGUAAUGCUUCUUCCGAGCCGAGUGAGGGCGCACCAGGAGGAAUAGAUCGUCACCUCCACCCCACAGCACCGGAGGAAGAGGCGUCCACCUAAACACUGAUGGAGACAGUUCGGUAGGUGUGCCUAAACAUAAAGAGGAAGAAUAUGCCGAACAUAGCUGGGAAAAGUAAUUGACAGAUAGUAGACAGACCAGAAGAAUUGGGGGAAGAGUCUGCAGAUGGGGAUAAGAUGCAGCAGCCACCAAAAGCAAACGUGUCAAGCAAAUCAGACCAUGAAGAAGAUGAUAAUGGCGUUGCACAGCUUGAAGAAGGCAGUGUGGAUCAGAACAGAUCAGCAGAGGUGCAAGGUGUCGGUACGUCUCUGAAGGUGACCAUCCAGCGUAGCAGUGAAAGUCGAGCCUUCAGCACUUCACCCGAAGAGACGGCAGCAGCUGCUGGCCAUGAGAGCGAGAAAGAGAGAAACAAACACGCUGUUAAAUUCACCUGCUACAUUUGCAACGCCACCUGCGCUGACCGGCAGGGCUUCCAGACCCACAUGACGAGUUUAAAUCAUCAGCAGCGAAUGAUGGAAAUCCAGCGCCUGAGCAACACCUGUCUGGCCACACUGUUACCCCACACCCAGGAGUCCCUGCAGGGCCCAAACAGAGAGAGACGGGUGGGUCAUCAGCGCUGGUGUCCAACCUGCCAGUCUCAUUUUUCUGGUGACCUCAUAGAACACAGACGAACUAAGAAACACAAGAUGGCAAAAGUGUCCUCGAGACCUUUCUGUACCCUGUGUGAGCGUCACUUUAGGACUCCUCGCAAGUUCGUUGAGCAUAUGAAGUCUCCUGAGCACAAACAGAGGGUUGAGGAGUUAAGAAACGAGGGCGACCCGGAGGUCAUGGAGGAGCUCAUAACAGUGGAUGCUAUUGGCUGCUUUGAAGGGGAGGAUGAUUAUGAGGAGGAUAGAAAUGAAGAAGAGAUUGCAGUGUUUGAGAAGCAUCCUGGUCAUAAGGAUAUGGCUCCGGAAGAGACAGCUGAUCAUGAGGCAUAUGAUCCAGACACACAGUAUGGCACUAGUUUUGUGGUCCCUGUCGCUGGUUUCCUCUGUAAGCUGUGUCAUAAGUUCUACCACUUUGAGUCUUCUGCACGAGAAACUCAUUGCAAGUCUCUUACGCACUUCCAGAACUUACAGAAGCACAAUGCCCUGAAAAUGCAGAAGAAGCCCCCUCAGGAUGACUGUGAGAGUGACGCGUCCUGUAGCAGCCUGAUGAGUGACCCUCGGUGUCUGGAGCUCACCGCUUCCUGUACCGACGACGGCAGCCAAGCAGAUCUCCACAGACCACACAUCAGUUUCUCGAGAGAGCGCUUAUACUUGAGGAAGCUCAAGCCAUCUAAGAGAGCUCACAAAUCCACAUCUCCUCGCUCAAAACACUCCGGAGCUCCACAGAAGCCCUCCGUGAUCAUGAAGCACUUAAUAUGUACUCCAGAGUGUGGCUCGGAGUCGAGCCAAGAGUCACACUGCCAGGAACUACAGCACUCAGAGUAUGUGCCCAGUGAAAAGGAAAAGACACCCUCUGACCCCUUCUCAGAAGAGCAAGAAAAUAUGAGCUCGACACCCACAAACAGUUUGUCUCAUGCAUCACAGUUGAACUCAGAAGUGAACACAAUCAGUUGAGGUUAAAGAGACCAUUGGCAAAGACAGAGCAAAAAUAAACUUGAUGUUCAUAGGAGUUGAAGUGUUUCUUUGAAAUCUGAGAGGGGGAAAAAAUACAACUUUGGAAAAAAUGUAAAAUAAAUGCUCAUUUAAAUGCAAAAA